AUGCUGCGCCCCGCGACUCUCCGACCCCUCCAGCGGGCGGCUCGCCAACCCGCCCUCCGCGCCGCCCACCGCGCCCUCUAUUCCUCACGCGACUCGCCUAAGCUGUCGCAGGAGUUCGAUCUCAACAAGCUCAAUUCGAAGCGCCGCGACUACGAGCGCAACCGCACGGCGUUUCUCACCGCGGGCGCCGUCGCGGGCGUCAUCUCCUUCAUCUACACGGCGUGGAAGCUGAAAAAGGCCAUCAACGAGAAGAAUGCGAGGGAAGGCAGGUCGGGCGGUGUCAAGUUCGACGCCCCGUCCAAUAUCCCGACGGAGCAGUUCAAGACCGAGGCCGGCGAGAUGCGCAAAGUCGUUCUCCACGACGAGGAGGGCAACGAGGUCGUGCCCACGGGCAACAGCACGGUGCCGCUGUUCCCGCGCACCAUUGACGUCGACCUGCCGCUCGACAAGAAGCAGCAGAGCCCCAUCGCGGCGUCCAUCUCCGACUCAACCGGCACGCAGUACACGCUCGUCGGCCUGGGCAUGCGCAGCGUGACCUUUAUCGGCAUCAACGUGUACCUGGUCGGCCUCUACGUCGCGACGCAGGACAUUGCGCGCCUGCAGCACUACCUCGUCAAGAACGUAAACUCGGUCGCCACGACGCUGAUCCCCUCGGAAAAGGACACGCUGCGCCAGCGCCUGCUGGACCCCGUCGAGGGCGAGGCGCUCUGGGACGCCAUCCUGCGCGACGCCAAGCUGCGCAGCGUCAUCCGCAUCUCGCCCGUGCGCGACACCGACUUCCACCACCUCCGCGACGGCUUCGUGCGCGCCAUCCAGGCCCGCUCGUCGCUCGACAAGGAUGCGUACAGCGACGAGGCAUUUGGCACCGCCAUGAAGGACUUCAAGGCGCUGUUCAACCGCGGGCAGGUGCCCAAGAAGAAGGAGAUGCUGCUGUGCCGCAACGAGAGCGGCGCGCUGGCGGUGACGUAUGAUGGCGCGUCGACGGGCAGCACCGAGAAGAAGCCGCAGCGCGAGGUCCUGGGCACGAUUACGGAUGAGAGGCUCAGCCAUCUGCUCUGGCUGAAUUACCUGGCCGGCAGCAAGGUGGCAUCGGAGCCGGCGCGCAAGAACAUUGUCGAGGGCGUCAUGGAGUUUGUGGAGCGGCCGGUGGGCACGGUCGCGACGCAGGUGGUGUAG